UUCCUAAAGUCCAAUAGGUCUGAAAUCCUUCACAAACUCAGCACCGUGUUUUUUUAGUCUGAGAACUAUGUUAGUCCCAUUAAUGGAAUUAAUAUCCUGAGGGUCUUUGGUCGAGGUACCAUCCGGCCCAGGGGCUUUGGUCGAUCGGUCCUACUACAAAUAGAGCCGCCUCUUCUUCAGUUGUAAGAACAGCACAGGAAAUUAUUAUUGUAUAGGGUAACAUCACAAGGAGCAAAUUCUUGAUCAGGAAUGCCUGCACACUGGAUCUGAAGAGGCAAAAAGAUCAAGAAAAUAAUCUCGAAUAGCAGUUUUAAUCGUCAAGGGAUCAGAAGACCAAAUGCCAUCUGAAUCUUUGAGCCAAUAAAUACUAUUUUUACGGUUCCUGUUGAAAAAACUUACUAUUUCUGUCACCGACAUGCAACCAGUUACACCGUGCUCUGUCACCAACAGCCUUAAGGAGUCCGAGCGUCAGCGUUUAAGUCUGCGUUGAAGUCUGUGUUUAAGCUGUUUUUCUCUUGUUAAAAGAUCCUGACCAUCAUCGUAUUUAGAUCCCCUUCAAUGUAUCUCUGAAAGUGAAAUCCACCGGUCGUUAUGUUCAGCCUCCAAAUUCAUUCUGUGGAUACCAACCACCCGCUCACUGAAUUCGCCGGCGAACAAAGCGGUGCUCCCAUCGACUCUGCCUCCGCAAACCCAAACCCUAACAUUCAAGAACGCCGAGGCAUCAUCCACCUUUUUCGCAGUGUUUCCCGCCAUUCGACUUCCGUCCCACCAAACCUUGACAUUCAAAGCACCACUGAGCUUUUCGUUGUUGCGGUUCCAAAUCACUUGUCUUCUGAUGAUUUUAUCCGCUUUUGCGGUUCUUACAUCGAUAGCGUCGUGGAGAUGCUUCUCAUCAGAAAUGAUGGGAUUGAGGACCGGUACAGCGUCUUGAUUAAGCUUGUUGAUCAGAAGAGUGCUGACAACUUCUACAGCAAUCUCAACGGACGACGCUUCUCAUCUAUGGAGGCUGAGGUAUGCCAUAUCCUCUUUACGAUUUCUGUGGAAUAUACGGAAUUAGCAGAGAUUGCUGGAAUGCCGCCGGUGGGAUUUACGGAGUUACCUACUUGCCCUGUCUGCCUCGAAAGAUUGGACCAAGAUACCAGUGGGAUUCUAACGACACUUUGCGAUCAUUCUUUCCAAUGUGCAUGCAUUUCGAGAUGGACUCACUCAUCUUGUCCAGUUUGUCGAUUUUGUCAGCAGCAGGCUGAGAAACCAACUUGCUCUAUUUGUGGAACAUCAGGGAACCUCUGGAUUUGUGUGAUCUGUGGUUUUGUAGGAUGUGGAAGGUAUAAAGAAGGUCAUGCUAUCAGGCAUUGGAAAGAUACACAGCAUUGUUAUUCUCUUGAUUUGGAAACACAGCGUGUUUGGGAUUAUGUAGGCGAUAGUUAUGUUCACCGACUAAAUCAGUCAAAAACUGAUAGCAAGUUGGUAGAAUUGAAUGCACGCUGUAGAGGAGCAAUGGAUGGUGAUUGUGGGACUUAUGAAUGCAGUGAGGAUCCUGGAAUUAGUGAAGAUAGUAAAGUUGAAGCAAUCUUUGAUGAAUACAAUCGUUUGCUUGCAACCCAGCUUGAGAAUCAAAGACAAUAUUACGAAACUUUACUUGUGGAGGCUAAGGGAAAAAAGGAGAAGGCCAUUUCUGAAGCAGUGGAAAAGGCUAUAACUUUGAAUUUGCAGGAUAUUCAGUUUAAACUUGACAAAUGUGUCGAAGAAAAGAAAGCUGUUAGUGAAAUGCAUGAGAAUCUUCUUAAGAAUCAAGAACUCUUACGACAACAAGUUGAGGAAACUGAAGACAGGGAAAGGUCAACAAUGUUGUCGAUGGCUGUGAAGAUGAAAGAUUUGGAAGAACAGAUCAGAGAUCUCAGUGUCUACAUUGAAGCACAGAAAACCGUUGCUAACUUGCCAGAUUCAGAUGAUAUCAAAGGUGGAACUCUAUUGCCUGUACGACAGCAAUCAUCACCAUCACCAUCAACAUCAAGCACAAGCAAUACCAAGAAGAAUAAGAAUUCAAGGACAAACAGAAGGCGGAAGUGAGGUUUUCAAUGAGUAGUGUCACAUUAUUUUUUCUUUUUGUAAAUAAUAUACAGCUCCAUGCAAUCAAGAUUUUUGUUUGGCUGCGUCAGUCUCCAAGAAGAUAAAGUGAAAGGAAUAUAGUCUUGUAAACUUGAAUAUUUUUCACGCAAUACAAUGUAUGUUGAGAACUUGAAAUUUACCUUGCC